AUGUCAGUACAUUAUAAAUUCAAAUCUACUUUAGAUUAUGACACUGUGUCUUUUGAUGGAUUGCAUAUUUCUGUGGCGGAUUUAAAGAAAGCUAUUUUUCAUCAGAAACAUUAUACAGAUGAUAAUGCAUUAAUUGCAAAAAAUACUAGCCUUAUUGUUGCUAGAGUACCAUUAACAGUACAACAGAAACGAUCAUGGGAUAGAAAUGAUGCUCCUUCGUUCAGUAACUUAAAAGAUGAAUCCAAUUUAGGCAGAGCUGUAGAUCUUACAAGGCUUGAUGGCUCUGAAGAAGACAAGAUUCGGGCAAUGAUGACUCAAUCUACGCAAGAUUAUGAUCCAUCAAAUUACAUGAAAAUACGUGGAGCCAAUCAAACUGGCGAUGUACCUGCAAAUUAUCGUUGUUACAAAUGCCAUCAACCUGGACAUUGGAUUAAAAAUUGUCCGCUUGGGACAAAUCAGGAACCUAUAGAAAUUAAGAAAAGUACAGGUAUUCCUAGAAGUUUCAUGGUUCCAGUUGAAGGACCAAGAGUUCCUGGUGCUAUGAUGACACCAACGGGUCAAUACGCUGUACCAGCUAUUGAUCAUCAAGCUUAUAAAGAAGGUAAAAAGGAACGUCCACCAUUUUCACAAGAUCCAGAACCUGCUGUAGAAAAACCAGAAAUUCCAGAGGAUCUAUUGUGCAAUAUUUGCAAAGAUCUUUUAACGGAUGCAGUAAUGAUACCAUGUUGUGGAAAUUCAUUUUGUGAUGAAUGUAUUCGGACAUUUUUAUUAGAAUCUGAAGAACAUGAAUGUCCAGAUUGUAGCGAGAAGGAUGUUUCACCAGAAACUCUUAUUCCUAAUCGCUUUUUGCGAAAUGCUAACGAGACUGGAUAUGCUAAAAGGCAGACAUAUAGACAAUCUUUACAAACAAACAGACAGCCCGCAGUACAAUUAGAACAACAAAAGGCUGACCAAGCAACAAGUCAAGUGUCGAAUCAAAGUAAAGCUGCCCAAUCUUCAAAUACAGCUAAUGUGCCCUCUCAAGAAUAUACAGAAUCACAAACAACAAAUUUUGAAACUACUCAACAGCAAUUUCCAGCAAGAGCUGCACAACCAUCAACAACAACUGUUCCAGAAACAGCAUCGGAAACUGAUUUGCAAAGUGAUUCUGUAACAAAGUUAACAACAGAUGAGGAAACAGAAGUUCCACCACCUCCAGGAACUGAACCAUUACUUCCAAUACCUGCAAUUGGUAGUUCACCAGAGAGAGAUAGAGAAAGAAGCGAUCCUCCAAGUCGCGAAAAAAAAGAACGCGAGAAUGAAUAUCCAGGUGAAAGACAAUCAAGAGAACGUAGGCGAAGUUUUAGCAGAGACGGACAUCGCGAUAGAAGUGGAGAACGUGGUCGUAGAAUCGAAAACUUGCGGCCAGUAAAUCGAAGACGAUCGUUGUCGCCUAGACAUUCACAACAUAAUAGUGAUUAUAGUUCACAAGGACCACCUUUGCCACACUUGAUGAAUCCACCACCAUCAAAAAAUUAUCAAGGAUUACCAUCUGAUGAUGGGCAUUAUCCACCUAAUAUACAUUAUGACAAUGCUAUACGCAGGUCAACUGAAGAUCGUCCAGGAACUCCAACAGUUGAUGAACCACAUUUACAUGUGUCUUCUUCUGGUAAUCAGCCACCUCUUUUACCUUUUCCACCAGGAGAAGAUCGUAUUCCUCAACCAAGUUAUAAUCAACCUCCACCUAAUGUACCUCCACAUAAUCCACCUUUAUUACCAGAUCCAUAUAUGAGUCAUCGAAUACCUAUGUAUCCCCAUCAGCAAGGUUCACAUUAUGGACCUCCACGAUAUGAAAGACCGCCUUAUCAACAACAAGGAUACAGACCGUCACAACCACCUCGAAAUUACAAUGGACCACCAAGGCCAAUUAGAGGAUUACAUCAUCUAUAAUUGAUGAUCCAUUAGAAGCUUUUGAGCGAAUGCUUAGAGAGAAAGAUGAGCGAGACAGAAGAUUAGGAAAACAUAGAAGAAGAAGUAGAACACGAUCAAGAUCUCGUAGUUACAGUAGAUCUCGAUCACGCUCGUUUAGUCGUCGAUCGCCAUUCCCAGGUCGUUUAAGUCGAUCUAGAAGCCCUCCUUCAAAACGAAGAUCUUCAAGAUCACCGUUACCUCUAAGAGCGCGAAGUCGUACACCGAAACGUAGAUCAAGAAGUGGAAGUCUAGAUCAUAUUCACGUAGUCAAUCUCCGAGAUUAUCUUUGUCACGAGACAGAGAGAGGGAUAGAGAAAGAGAUCGAGAUCGAGAUCGAGAUCGAGAUCGUGACCGUGACCGUGACCGUGACCGUGACCGUGAUCGCGACCGCGACCGUGAUCGAGAUCGAGAUCGUGACCGUGAUCGUGAUCGUGAUCGUGAUAGAGAUCGUGAUCGUGAUCGCGACCGUGAUCGAGAUCGAGAUCGUGAUCGUGAUCGUGAACGUGAACGGGAUCGCGAACGUGAACGUGAACGUGAACGUGAACGCGAUCGUGAACGCGAUCGUGAACGCGAUCGUGAACGAGACAGAGAAAUACUACCUAGAUAUCGAUCACCAGCUAGAUCACCUCCAAGAACUACUAAAGAAUUAUGAUUUACUUAUAAUAAUUAUGAAUAAUGUAUUCAGAUUCCAAAGAGAGAGGGAUCGUGAAAGAGAUCGACCAAGAUCACGUGAACCUAGAGAAGGAUACAAUAGUUAUUACAAUGAUUCACCAGCACAUGAUUAUCAAUUCAGAGAUCGAGAGAGGGAUGUACCCCCUCGAGAUAGACCAAUACCGAGGUAUCCAGUAAGGAACCAAGCAGCUCAGCAUAAUAUACCACCUUUGCUGCCGCAUCUAGUCAGUGGAAGUCAUCCACCACCACUUAUGUCAUUGGGACCUCCAUCUACGGACAGGAAAGACUAUUAUGAUUCCUACAACAGGUAUUUCCGCCUCAAUAGUACUUUAAUUCAUGUACACGCUAAGCAGACAGUCUACCGUACCUUAUGCUGCUGUCCUGAAGCAAGGAAAAUGUAUACGGCAAGGAUCGACUUGGAGAUUGUGGAAGCUACCCAGCUGAUUGACAGAUCUGCAUGGUUUCUGAAUCAGGUGAAUUCAGGGCCAAAUCAACAUUUCAGGUAUCCUGGGCCAUCUAGCCAACGAUUUGGUAGCCCUUUGCGAGAUGUGCCUCACAAAAGAUUUGACGAUGUUGCACCUCCUGGAACAGAGGGGUAUUAUGAUCUUUCACCACCAGGUGUAGAGAUCUCUGAAAGAUCUUUACGCGAUGAUCGUGAUCGGCGUUUAUUAAGAGAUCAAGAAGAUCGUGAACAUUCGCUUAAAGAUCAUGAUGCUGAAGAUCGAGAUAGAUUAUCUUUAAGGGAAGACAGAGAUCGUGAAGAUCGUGAAAGACAAGGAUUACCCAGAGAUCACGACGAUAGGAUACGAGAAAAAGAUGAUCGCGACAGAAGAGAAAAAGAAAAAGAACGAGAUGAUAGACACACUCGUGAUCGACGAGAAGACGAUAGGCACAUAGACAAGAAAGACUAUGAUAAAGACCGUUACAGAGAUGAAAAAGAUCGUCAUAAACAAGACGAUAAAAAUCGUUCCCGUGAAAAAGAUAGACGUGAACGAGAUUAUGAGUCUGAAAAAGAUAGGGAUCGACAUGAACGUUAUGAAAGGCGUUCUAUGGAACGGAAAAAGAACAGGAAAAGUCCAACUCCUUAUUCGCAGAAAUCUAGAAUAGAUACGAAGGAUGUGUCGCCUGAGCGUAUAAAGAAGAAAGAGAAAGAUCACGAGGAAAAGAAUGAAGAAAAGAAGAAGGAGAAGAAAAUUAAAGAAAAGAAAAAGAAAAAGGACGAUGAAAAGGAGAAGAAAAAGAAGAAGAAGAAAGAAAAAAAAUCGGGACAAAAAGAGAUUGUGAAAGACGAACCUAUUAAAUCAGCCGAACAGGAAGAGUUAGUAGUGGAAAAUAAGCAGGAGUGCAUGUCACCCACAAAAAAUGAUACUAUAAAACCUAAUAACGAAGAUGAGAAUAUUGAUAGUAGAAUAGCUUGCAUUCCUACUGAAACUGUUAUAGAAGAAUCAAUUAAAGAAGAAUUUGAAGAUAAAUCUUUAGCCAUGAAUCCAGAACCUCCAGAGUUUCAUGAGGCCAGUCCAGAAAGGAUUGAUCAUACGGAAUUUGGGACAAAUCCUCCUAAUCCCAAUUUUAAGCCAAUUCCGGAAUUAAAAUCUGACAUCAAACCUAUUGAUAGCCUUUAUAGUGGAUUAGACGAUGCAGAAAUAAACACUGUAAUAACGGAGAAGUAUUCUUUACUUUCGGAGAAUGAGACGGAAGAUAAAAGCACAUUAUUAGAGGAAAAAUCUCCAAAGAAAGAUGAAUUUUUAGCUCCAAUGCCCGAACUCUCUAAAUGGGAAAGAGACGAUACUACAGAAAAAGCAGACGAUGUAUGUGAAUCUCCCAUAGAAAAAAUACAAUUAGAUGAACCUAAAUCUACCAAAGUAGUUACAUCAGAAGUACUAAAAAGAGCAGAAAAUGCAAUUUUUCAAAAAGCCAUCAAUGCCAUUAGACCCAUUGAAAUUAAAAAGAUAAGUGAAAGUAGGAAAGUACUGUACCAAAAUCCAGAGCCCAAAGUACUUGAAGUUGAACCUAACAGAGAACCAAGGAAGAGUGUGAACGUCACUAUAAAUAUAGGGAGAAACGAAAGAAAUGUUGAAAUUACAGAACCAGUGAAAAAAGCUAAAUUAGAUCGAACAAAAUUUAAGCCAGUUCCAGAAACUUAUUCACCUACAAGACUUUCUGCCAAAGAAAGAUUGGGCGAGAAAGUGGAUGAAAAUAAAGAAAGAAAGAUCAGCCCCAUGAAAAGCUUCUUAGAUAGACGCGAAACAAAAAGUGAAAAUCAAUCUAGAAGUCGAUCUCCUAGAAGUACAAGAGAUAAACGAAUAUCUCCGCUAUUAGAUAGACGUGUUGAUUCAUCAUUAUCUAUACCAGGAAGCGAACGUAAGGUAUUUCUCGAUGAUAGAAAACGGGACAAUAAAGAUCGAGGUGAUCGUUCAAAAGAAAGGAACGAUUUCAGAAGCGAUCGACACGACAUAAGAUCAGAAAGAGAUCCAAGGAUUGAUUCGAGGGGAGAUUUUAGAUCAACUCGUAAUGACUCUAAAGGAGAAAGAUUGGACAAAGAUAAAGAGAAAGACAGAGAUAAAGAAAGAAGAGGAAGAACACCAUCUUGUACGUUUAAAAGAAACGAUAUUCCAAAGAUAAGUCUCUUGAAGAGUAGAGAAGAAGAAGAUGAUAGACGUAGGGAUAAGAAGACGAAGGAAGAUAAAAAAAGAAAGAAAGAACACCGAAGUAGAAGUAAAUCCAAAGAACAUAAGAAACGGAAGGAAAAGAAACAUAAAAAGGAUAAAGAUAAAAAUUUAGAGAAGAAACAAAAGCAUAAGGAAAACAUUGUUUUAAAAGAUAAAGCUGAAGGUAAUGAAGCUAAAAUAAAUUAUGAAAAUCCUGAGCCUCCAGCUACGGAGUCCAUAAAGAAACAAAGGAAGAAUCCAAGGCUUGUAUCCGAUCGUAAACGUAGUAUGCUAGAUGAAGCUAGCUUUGAACCUGAUUACAGUGCUUCAGAUUCAGAAUCUGAUGGUGAAGAUGGCAAAGUAGUUCAAUUACCUGCCAAGAAACUUAAACUUGAUGAGCCAGAUAUAGAAAAGGAAAUGGAUAUAAAAUCUCUUAAAAAACGAUCAAAGUCUACAACUACUGAAGAUUCAUCUAGUACUACGGAUAGCUCAACUACCGAGUCUGAUAGUUCCGAUGAAUCGCAUAAAAAGAAGAAGAAGAAACAUAAAAAACAUAAGAAAAAGAAAUCUAUGAAAAAAGAUAGUAGUUCUGAUUCAGAUUCUUAUUCAGAUUCAUCAGAGACAAGUACCGAUGAAGAAAAGCAUAAGAAAAAAUCAAAAAAAUCAAAGAGUAGAAAUAAACAAACGAAAAAAAAGAAGAAAUCAAAGCACAAAUGA